UAACUGGAGGGGCGUGUUAUUUUAGGGGAGAGGCUGUUGCUGUUGUUGAGUGGGCAAGGGGAAAGAAAGAAAGGUGGUGGAAAAGCUUUCCGUGCGUGUUUAGAUUUGCCUUGUCUUGGGGAUUCUUCUUUCCUUAACUUUUCCACGGAUUGAAUGUUACCCACUCUGUGUUGCCUUGCAAAGUGUACCUGCGCCCUUUUGCUUUUACUCAAUUAAAUCAAAUGCGUGGCUGGUCUUUGACGCGAUCUUUGUGAGUCGUAGUGCUUCUGAUUUUGCAGGAAGGAGAUAUACAAUUGACCAUGGCGAAGAGCUCUUUCAAGCAGGAGCAUCCUCCAGAGAGAAGACAAGCAGAAUCUGCCCGAAUUCGAGAGAAGUACCCAGAUAGGAUUCCGGUUAUCGUGGAAAAGGCUGAGAGAAGUGACAUUCCAGACAUUGAUAAAAAGAAAUAUUUGGUUCCAGCAGACUUGACUGUAGGUCAAUUUGUUUAUGUCGUCCGAAAGAGGAUAAAACUAAGUGCUGAGAAGGCAAUCUUCAUUUUUGUAAAGAAUAUACUGCCUCCAACAGCUGCUAUGAUGUCUGCUAUUUAUGACGAGCACAAGGAUGAUGAUGGCUUUCUCUAUAUGACCUACAGUGGGGAAAACACAUUUGGUAAUGAUAUGACUUACAAUGGGGAAAUCGCAUUUGAUGUUCUUAAGAUGCCAAGUGCACCUCAUAUAUGACAUGCCUAGCAUCUAGUGUGAUUAGAUGUACAGGAUUUAGUGUUUUUCAACGACCAAAAAGUUACGCAUGUUGCUUUUAUUGGUAAUUACUUUAUCUUGAAUGGGUUUGUGAGCUUUUACAUCUCUGUAAACAUUGGAAUGUACAUAAUUCAUGGUUUGUGUGAUUUAAAGUUUGUUUGAAUUUAUAAUCCGUGGUGAUGCAACCAAAAGGAUGUCCUUGCUACCUUUGGUUCAACUGCCAAUGAGCUACAAAGGAUAGUUGCUCCACUUAAUGUAUGUAAUGAAAAGAACCAUCAGUAUUUGCCA